AUGAAGCGCAUAUCCCAAUUACCCAUCAGCGAAAGCGGGCUCGCUCUUCGGAUCUGUCCACGCCAUCAAACAGCAUCUAUCUUCACGCAGCGCAACUUCCACGCCCCUCCAGCACCCCACGCAACCGUAGCCCCCAUCACCGCAACAGGUCCUCCCCCAAACCCACCUACUCCCAGCGCACACCAUGCCGAUGCUCGCGUUGCCCGGCGGCGGAAACAAGCAGAGUUGUUAAAGAGAGGGCAAGAUUUGCGAUCCGUGGCGGCGGGAAAGGGAGGAGGAAGCGCGAAGACGAAAAGAUUCUGGAAGCAUGUCCAUGUGCACCAUGUUGACGAAGGUCUCCAAGUCCACCUCGACACCCGUCCCAUCCGCCGCGUCUCCAAAGAAAUCCUCACUAUCCCCGCCAGCAAGCCACAUCUAGCCACCGCAUUAGCACUCGAAUGGGACCUCCUAGUCUCCGCGCAACAAGCCCUCCGCCAUCAUCUCAUUCCCUUAACCUCGCUCAUCUCCCGGGCCCUCGACAUCGUCGACGAGGAUAAAGCCACUGGGGGGGCGGGCGGCACCAUCCGAACAGGUAUCGUGGAUACCGUAAUGCGGUAUCUAGACACGGACUCGCUGCUCUGCUGGGCGCCAGAAGCAGUACCUGACCCGCCGGGAUACGAAACCCACGUCGGCCGGACGGAAAGCUUACGGUCGAUUCAGAGGAGGACUGCCCAGCCUAUCAUAUCGUUCCUUACGGAAAAAGUGUGGCCCGGUGUGGAAAUCGUGCCGGUGUUGGAUUCAGACAGUAUCGUGCCAAAAAGCCAGCCGCAGAUGACCAAGGAUGUAGUCAGGGGUUGGAUUACUGCGCUUCCUGCGUUUGAACUGGCGGGGUUGGAGAGAGCGGUUUUGGCGGGUAAGGGCUUGUUGCUUGCGGUGAGGUUACUAGUGGAGUGGAGCCCGGAGCUUAAGCACCUAAGAAAUGAGCAGUCUGCGGAGGGGAAGUUUGGUAUUGAGGAUGCGGCGAGGGCGGCAAGUCUAGAGGUCGAUUGGCAAACUGGGAUGUGGGGUGAGGUGGAAGACACGCAUGAUGUGGAUAAGGAGGAUGUCCGGAGACAGUUUGGGAGUGUUGUGUUGCUUGUUGGAGGGGAGGAUGUGUAA